UUGAAUCUGCAAGAGAAGGAGUUUUUCUGGGAAGAAUUGGAUUCCAAUUUGAAGCUUGCAAUAUUCCAUCACUCAAAGUUUGUCAAACAUUAUCAACAGCUCAGAGCAGUUUCAAGCACCAACUUCUUCAUUCUUUUGUCAUCAGCAACGGUGAUGAUCACCGCAAACGUUUACUUGAACCUCAUACAGCCCUCUCUAGGUAAAAUCCCUCUUUUCAUAGUUGCUGUCCAGUUCAUGCUGGAAGUAGUCGUGUGCUGUACGAUGUUCGAGAGGCUAGAACAAGAAAACGACAAAAUCGCUCGCCACGUCUAUGGCAUCGAUUGGCUGCACGUGGCGGGAAAAACAACAAGUGCUGCCCAGCGCCGAGCCCGCAAAUCGAUUUGGCAGAAUGCUCUGCUGGUGCAACGCCAGGUUCACGGCGGCGGGUUGAAGGCAAAGGCCGGCGGAAUGUUCGAGCUGAAACGGGAAACGUCACUGAGGCUGAUCAACCUGGUUUACUCCAUGCUUACGUUUUUGCUGAAGGCGCACGGGAAGUAGGAUUAGUUGAAGGAGUAGCCGUUCAAUAAGACAUAAUUCAACAUGACUACAUAUGUUACGUCAUCCUAAAUCUAAACCAAACUCCUCUGCAGUUUUAUCAUGAGAAAGAACUCUCCACUCCUGGUCAAGUUAAUUUGAACCGCUCAGUUUGGCUUUAAAUGAUUGAAAUUUGAAGCUGCACCACACAUCAAAAAAUCCGAUUUUGAGAAAUGGUGUUUUAAUGUUUGACUUUGAAUAAAUAAAAACGAGA